AGACACUCAUGUGGGAAGAAAACAGGUGAUCUCACAUAAGACUUGAGGCCUCAUCCCCUCUUUAAACGGCCCGGAGGAAUUGCAGGUUGUGUGAUUGAGAGAGAGAGAGAGAGAUGGUUUCUAGGGAGCACAAGAGAGCAGCUCUUUGUGAGAAGCUGCAACAACUUCGUUCAGUUACAAACUCUGAUGCAAUAAACAAAACCUCGAUUAUUGUUGAUGCAUCCAAGUAUAUAGAAGAGUUGAAGCAAAAAGUAGAAAGACUGAAUCAAGACAUUGCAAACUCAAGUGACCCAAAUCCACUGCCAGUGGUUACAGUUGAAACAGUGGAAAAAGGGUUUCUAAUCAAUGUGUUCUCAGAAAAAAGUUGCUCCGGUUUGCUUGUCUCCAUCUUGGAAGCCUUUGAGGAGUUGGGUCUUACUGUGCUUGAAGCUAGGGUUUCUUGUACAGACAAUUUUCGCCUAGAAGCAGUUGGAGGAGAAAACGAUGGACAAGUAAGCAUAGAUGCUCGAGUGGUGAAACAAGCAGUGUUGCAGGCUAUCAAGAACUGGAAUGAAACUAGUGAGCAAGAAUAAUAGAAAAUCAUUUGUUAUUACCUCUCCCUAGCUAUCUUUCUUUGUGUCAUCACUCCCUUUUAGUAGGUCAAAAAUUUGUCUAAUGAAGGAAAGUAUCAGUCUUCUUUACAAUUUUCAGUCACCUAUGGUUCAAUGCCCAGUUGCUCACAACUUUGAAUCAACUAUAGAUGAGAAACAACUGAGGUAUAAGGAUAUAUAGGACUUCUACAUUUGUAAGGAAGUGCCUUCUUUCAUAGUGUAUCUACCCUAUUUUUCCUUCUACUCAAAACUGGCUUGAAUGAAGUCCAGUUGCUGUAUUUUUCCACUUUUUAUCAUCAAUAUUAGUCAGAAUAGUUCAUAUAA